CAGCGCGCGGGAAGCGUCGCUGGGAGGACCGCCUUCCCGCAGAGCCGAGGCUCGGCGCCCCGGGCCGCUCCUUGUUCGCGUCGCCCGAGCCUGCAGAGCACAGGCCGGUCACCUCCCCGACGUGGGUGACACCCCCUCCGCCGCCCCGUGCGGUUGCCCCUCGGGUGAGGGAAACAGGGCCGCGCAGAGACGGCCUCCCCCAGCAAACACCAGUUCUUACAGAACUGCACGGGCAGGGAAGGGAAGGAUGCCGGCCGCCCGCAAGCCCAUGAGGUACGGACACACCGAGGGACACACCGAAGUCUGCUUCGAUGAUUCUGGAAGCUUUAUUGUGACUUGUGGAAGUGAUGGUGAUGUGAGGAUGUGGGAAGAUUUGGAUGAUGAUGAUCCGAAGUCCAUUAAUGUUGGAGAAAAGGCUUUUUCAUGUGCUUUGAAGAAUGGAAAAUUGGUUGCUGCAGUUUCUAAUAACACCGUCCAAGUCUAUACAUUCCCUGAAGGAGUUCCUGAUGGCAUAUUAACACGCUUCACUACAAAUGCAAACCAUGUGGUCUUCAGUAAUGAUGGCAGUAAGAUUGCUGCUGGGUCAAGUGAUUUUCUGGUGAAAGUUGUGGACGUGAUGGAUAACAGCCAGCAGCAAACAUUUAGAGGACAUGAUGCCCCUGUUUUAAGUCUGUCUUUUGAUCCUAAGGAUAUCUUUCUGGCAUCAGCUAGUUGUGAUGGAACUGUCAGAGUAUGGAAUGUUUCUGACCAGACAUGUGCUGUUAGUUGGCCAGUACUCCAAAAGUGCAGUGGCGUGGUGAAUGCAAAGGCCGUCUGCAGACUUGCUUGGCAACCCAAGACCGGCAAAUUACUAGCAGUUCCUGUGGAGAAAUGUGUUAAGAUGUACAGAAGAGAAACUUGGAGUAACCCAUUUGAUCUUUCAGAUAGUUCUGUCUCUCAGGCACUCAAUAUAGUAACCUGGUCUCCCUGUGGGCAGUAUUUGGCUGCAGGUACUAUUAAUGGCUUAAUUGUAGUUUGGAAUGUGGAAACCAAAGACUGCAUGGAAAGGGUAAAACACGAGAAAGGCUAUGCGAUUUGUGGCCUGGCCUGGCAUCCUACCUGUGGUAGAAUAUGUUACACUGAUGUGGAAGGGAACCUCGGGGUCCUGGAAAAUGUCUGUGACCUCAGUGGAAAGGUGUCAAGCAAUAAGGUAUCUAGUAAAGUGGAAAAGGACUACAAUGACCUUUUUGAUGGAGAUGAUACAAGCAGUGCUGGCGAUUUUCUAAAUGACAAUGCAGUUGAGAUUCCUUCUUUUUCAAAAGGAAUUAGAAAUGAUGAUGAGGAUGAUAAUGACCUCAUGCUGGCUGUGGAUCGUCUUAGACACCGAAGUCAUGUCUUGACAGAUGAUGAAAACUCAGUUGAUGCUACAAUGCUAAGAACUAAUCUUCAUAAAGAGGAAGAGGAAGAUGAUCAAGCAGACAGUAUUCACAAUGUCCCCCUUAUAAAGCCCCAAGGGCCAUUUUAUGAUGGGCCCUUGCCAACACCCCGACAAAAGCCAUUCCAGUCAAGCUCUACACCUUUGCAUCUCUCUCACAGAUUCAUGGUGUGGAACUCUGUUGGGAUUAUUCGCUGCUACAACGAUGAUCAAGAUAGUGCCAUAGAUGUGGAAUUCCAUGACACCUCCAUCCACCACGCAACACACCUAUCGAAUGCUUUCAAUUACACAAUGGGAACUCUUUCCCAUGAAGCUAUUUUGUUGGCCUGUGAAGGUGCUGAUGAAUUAGCAAGCAAGCUCCACUGCCUACACUUUAGUUCUUGGGACUCAAGCAAAGAGUGGAUGGUAGAUAUGCCUCAGAAUGAGGAUAUUGAAGCCAUAUGUCUUGGUCAAGGAUGGGCCGCUGCUGCCACCACUGCUUUGCUCCUUCGGUUAUUUACUAUUGGAGGUGUUCAGAAAGAAGUCUUCUGCCUUCCCGGACCUGUGGUAUCAAUGGCAGGACAUGGAGAGCAACUUUGCAUUGUUUAUCAUAGAGGUACAGGAUUUGAUGGAGAUCAGUGCCUUGGAGUUCAGCUGCUAGAGUUGGGGCAAAAGAAAAAACAGGUCUUGCAUGGCGACCCUCUUCCUCUUACCAGGAAAUCCUACCUUUCAUGGCUAGGGUUUUCUGCUGAAGGUACCCCCUGUUACGUGGAUUCCGAAGGCUGCGUCCGAAUGCUAAACAGAGGACUUGGGAAUACAUGGACUCCUAUAUGUAAUAUUAGAGAGCACUGCAAGGGAAAAUCUGAUCACUACUGGGUAGUUGGUAUCCAUGAAAAUCCACAGCAGCUAAGCAACACUUCAGGCACCUUGGGGAGAAGGGUUCCUCCCAGCUGUGGUUCCAGCAGUGCUGCCCACGAUGGCAGGGAAGGCACAGUGUCUACAGCUCUGCAGCGGCAGAAGUUAGAUUUAGAAGCAGUGGAUUUGGAAGCAGACUGUCCUGAUGGAAUCACAGGGCACCUCAUUGGCGAGUUUGGCGUGAUCUCAGGUUCUGAAAGGCCCAUCUCUCCUGUGCAUCGGCAGAUGUCCCUCAGCACACCGGAGAUAGCUGAAGGCUCCCACAUUUUCACGUUUCUAGCACUUUUCUCUGGUGUGACUGUCCAUGUUUUUGAGGGGGCUGGCCUUACAUGA